AUGCUGUCCCGUGUGCAGUCUGCGAUGAUUCGCCGCGCCGCCGGGGCUCGUGCUGCGUCGUCGGCGGCGGCUGCGGCUGCCGUGAAGCCUGCGGAACACAAGGGCCGCGUCGGCUACGUGUCGCAGGUCAUUGGUGCGGUGGUGGACGUGCACUUCUCGGAGGGCGUGCCGCCCGUGCUGACGGCGCUGGAUGUGACGGAGGACCUUGGCCGCGAUGAGCCGCUGACGCUGGAGAUCGUGCAGCACCUGGACGCGAACACCGGCCGCUGCAUUGCGAUGCAGACGACGGACCUGCUGAAGCUGAAGUCGAAGGUUGUGUCGACCGGCGGCAACAUCUCUGUGCCGGUGGGCCGUGAGACGCUGGGCCGCAUCUUCAACGUGCUGGGCGACGCGAUCGACCAGCGCGGCCCCGUGGGUGAGAAGAUGCGCAUGGCGAUCCACGCCGAGGCCCCGAAGCUGGCGGAUCAGGCCGCGGAGGACACGAUCCUGACGACCGGCAUCAAGGUGAUCGACCUGAUUCUGCCCUACUGCAAGGGUGGCAAGAUCGGCCUGUUUGGCGGCGCCGGUGUGGGCAAGACCGUGAUCAUCAUGGAGCUGAUUAACAACGUCGCGAAGGGCCACGGUGGUUUCUCGGUGUUUGCCGGCGUUGGCGAGCGCACGCGCGAGGGCACGGACCUGUACCUGGAGAUGAUGCAGUCGAAGGUGAUUGACCUGAAGGGCGAGUCGAAGUGCGUGCUUGUGUACGGGCAGAUGAACGAGCCCCCGGGUGCGCGCGCGCGCGUUGCGCAGUCUGCGCUGACGAUGGCGGAGUACUUCCGAGACGUGGAGGGCCAGAAUGUGCUGCUGUUCAUCGACAACAUCUUCCGCUUCACGCAGGCGAACUCCGAGGUCUCUGCGCUGCUGGGCCGCAUUCCGGCCGCCGUGGGCUACCAGCCGACGCUUGCGGAGGAUCUUGGUAUGCUGCAGGAGCGCAUCACGUCGACGACGAAGGGGUCGAUCACGUCCGUGCAGGCCGUGUACGUGCCUGCGGAUGAUAUCACGGAUCCGGCGCCCGCGACGACGUUCUCGCACCUGGACGCGACGACUGUGCUGGACCGCGCGGUGGCGGAGUCGGGGAUCUACCCUGCCGUGAACCCGCUGGAGUGCGCGUCCCGUAUCAUGGACCCCGAUGUGAUCGACGCCCCCCCAAAGGGAGCUGAGCGAGGAGGACAAGGUCGUGUGGACCGCGCGCGCAAGGUGACCCGGUUCCUGUCGCAGCCGUUCCAGGUUGCGGAGGUGUUCACGGGCAUGACGGGCCACUACGUGCAGCUGGCCGACACGGUGGAGUCGUUCUCUGGGCUGCUGAUGGGGUCGUACGACCAGAUCCCGGAGAUGGCGUUCUACAUGGUUGGCGGCAUCAAGUCUGUGCUGGAGAAGGCGAAGGCCAUGGCGGAGGAGGCUGCGGCGAUGGAGAAGCAGCGUCGCGCGCGCCAGGCCGCGAGCGCCUCGGACUCGCAGUAG